AUGUUAUACAGAAGAGCUUUACUUGGAUCUCGAGUAUUGGCAAGAACAAUCAAGACCUCCACUAGUGCUGCCACUACUGGGGCUACCAACUUUGAGUUGCCCCAACGGUUGGAACAGCAUGGCAUGGCAAUCGAUAUGCCACAUAAGGAUGCUUCGCAAGCCUCAAAAUACGACCACUUAAAAGGUUUGAGUGCAUCAGAACUUAUCAAUUACGGUGUAAUUGGUAUGGCCACCAUUAACAAGCCAAUUCUUGAUUUGGUGAUCAAGAUUUUCCCAUACGUACCCAUGGUCUUUGUCAAGAUGUUCGUGUACAACUUGUACUGUGGAGGACAAACAGUGGAGGAUGUGCGCAAAACAGGCCAAAGAUUGAAGAGCAGAGGAAUUCAGAACAUGAUGGCUUCGUUGACCAUCGAGGGAUGUAAUGGAAACGACAACAUUGAUAUCCCAUUCAUUCUCAAAGAGACUAAUAAAUCCGUUGACAAGAUGAUUGUCCCACACACUUUAGAGAUGAUCAAACAAGCAGAAAACAUAAACGACGUCGCUCCUGGAUACGUCGCUCUUAAGCCAACUGGUAUGGCCGAAGAUGCGGCCAAUGUGCUGAAGAACUAUAACAAGCCAGAAUACAGGGAGAGGUUUGAGAAACUGGUAGACAACUGCCGUAAUGUGACUUCCAACAUUUACAAAACUAACAUAGACUUACUUAAGAAAUACCCAGAUCGAGUUGCUCCUUUUGUUGUGGCAGUCAUUGAUGCUGAGAAGCAUCAGCUACAACAGGGUGUCUACGAAUUGCAAAGAAGAUUAUUCAAGGAAUUCAACCCUAAGGGAAAACCCGUUAGUGUUGCUGGAACAAUUCAAAUGUACCUAAAAGAGGGAUUACCAUUGAUUGAGCUUGAAAAGAAACUCGCAUCAGAGGGAAACUACAGAGUUGGACUGAAGUUAGUAAGAGGAGCUUACAUUCAUUCUGAACCUGAUCGAAAUGUUAUACACGACACCAAGCAGAACACUGAUUAUGCAUAUGAUUCUGGAGUUGCAAGAUGCAUCCAGGAAAUUGUGAACAGCAACAGUCUCAACGGCUCUGACAUCGGUCACUUAGUUGUCGCUUCACACAGUAGAGAGUCACAAAUGCAAGCUACCACUUUGCUAGAUGCUUUAACACAUGAAGACAUGAGCAAAUAUUUGCAGAGAUCCAAUGUUGUUUUGGGUCAAUUAUUAGGAAUGGCAGACGAUGUUACACACACUUUAAUUACCAAGUAUGGAGUCAAGAACCUUAUUAAAUACGUUCCUUGGGGUCCAUCUAAGGAGACCAAAGAUUACUUGCUUAGAAGAUUGGAGGAGAACGGUGAUGCUGUCAGAGCCGACAAUGGAUGGCCAUUGGUAAUGGGAGUCGUAAAGACAUUGUUCCAAAGAAUAAUUCGCAUUUAG